AGUCACCUUUCAGUAGAAGAAAAUAACCAUGCCAGACUAUUAAUUCACACUUCGUAUGUUCUGGAGUUGGGUUCUGCCUAAGAUAAAGGUUCUGAAGUUGAGUCUUGCAAAGUUCUUGUAUCGUCUUAAAUUAAGCCUUUGGGAGGGUUAUUUAUUUCUUUUAGAUCAGGACAGCUGGGGAUAUGCAGCUAUCUCAUGGGAAAGAGGAUGCAGUACUGACCUUGCCAAAUCUUUUUCAGAUUCCUCCAAGAGUGCCAGGAAAUCUUCAGAAACCCAACUUAGGGGCACUGGGAGAAAGGUGCCCAGUGUGGACUUUACAGGAGUUCUCCUUUCUUUCCAGAACAAGCAUCAAGAGGACACUUGCCACUCAAAACAGAAACAUUCAGUGGGCACUGGAUGCAUAAAACUGACUCUCCCACUCCUCUCUUCUCAGGCAGGGCAGGAUUACACUGGAUCCUACAAUGCAACACUGCGAUCCAGGAGGAAAACACUGCCCAAGGCUGGGGGAAUUCUAGGGUCAAGCCAGCCUUCUUCCUAUGUAGGGAAGCUCAGCAGUGGUGACUCAGGAUAUGAAAGGGACAGAAAGGGUCACUUGCCAACCUUGAAUGUCAAAGACCAAAAUACCAUUGCUGACAGGGAUAUGACCACACUAAAAGACUCCAUCACCAAGCAGCUAUGCAUCUCAGCAGAGUCUGUGGAGGGAGAGGAAGCAGACACAAGAGAAGACCAAGAGAAAGAGCCCACCAAGGAAGAGACCAGAGCUGCUGGAUCCAAAGGCACCACCAGCAAGCUCAUGAAUCUCCCAGGAAAGCAAAGACCUUCCCAUGAGCAUGAGACACUGAUCAUGGAUACAGAGGCCUAUGCAGCAGAUGGAUGCCUCAGGACCAUGUAUACCAGGCCAAAUUUCCUCAAGUCCUAUACUGAAGCGAGGAAAGCCCUCUACAUUCGGCAUAAGAGCACUCCUGCUUGGGAAAAGGAACUGAGUCUCCAGGAGAUAUUUGGUCACAAAAAGACAAUGGAGCAUUCCCCUCAGGAACAGGCUUUGAUAAAACCAUAGCCCUAAAGUGGAUGGAUUUUUGGCCAGGUACAGGGUGACAAGACCUUGCAAAUCAAAGCACAAAACUCUUCUACAGAACAAGCAGGCUUGCACAUCUUGUAACAACACACCAUGCUAUUUGUCUCCAGGGCUAUUUAAUAUUCUAUACUAAGCCACUGGGGGCAGUAUGCUGAUGACACACAGCUCUAUUUCUCUGUAACAUCUGAAUCAGGUGUGGCUGUGCAAGUCCUUGGUCAGUUUCUGAAUUCAUUGGUCAGUUGGAUGUGGAUGAAUAAAUUUUGAAUCUGAAUCCUGGCAAGAUGGAAGCCUUGUGGCUGCCUAGUUUGCAGGUCUAUAAGCCUGGUCAAUUGUCUGUUCUUGUUGGGGUUGCGCUCCCUCUGAAGCAGAUUCAUCGUCUGGGAGUGCUGCUAGAUUCAGUAUUGGUCCUGAAAUCCCAAGUGUUUGCAGAGGCACCAGCUUUGGCUGGUAUACCAGCUACGGCCUUUCCGAGACAGGGACAACUUGGCCACAGUGGUGCAUGCAUUGUUAACUUCCAAUACUAGAGUACUACAAUGUGCUCUGUAUUGGGCUAUCCUUAAGGCUGGUCUGGAAUUUGCAGCUAGUGCAAAUGCAGCAACUGGAUUGCUUUUUGGAGUGACCUACCAUCAACAUACGUUGUGGUUGUGGAAGGAGCUGCACUGGCUGCCUAUACAUUAUUGGGCCAAGCUUAAGGUUUUACUUUUAGAUUAUAAAACCCAGCACAGCCCAGGACCGGGUUCGCUUUGAGACAGCCUCACCCCUUAUGUCCCUGCCCAAUCCCUGCAUUCAGCAGACAUGGCCUUGUUAGACGUGCCAAGUGUUGAGAGUGUGGCUAUCAGUGAUAGGGCCUUAAGUGUAGUAGCACCACCUUCUAUUUUUGACACUUAUGGAAGAGCUUUCUUUUUAGUCAGGCUUUUGCUAACUCAACAGCUAUUAGUUUUUUAUGUAGCUGACACUGUAUGUAAUGAAGGAUAUUUAGUAUCUCAUUCUAACACAGUUUUUAUGAUGGUUUUUAAUGUACUUGUAAUGGGGUGCAUCCAAUGUUAGUCCUACUCAGAGGAGACCCGUUGGAAUUAAUGGACGACUACUUUAGAGCUACAGUAGGGCCCCACUCAUAUGGUGGGUUAGGUUCCAGACCUAACCAAAAAAACCAAAAAGCGAAAAUCUGUGAAAAGUGGAACAUGGACUAUAAAAUGGCGCCCGAAAAACAUCAAAAAAGUGCCGUAUGAGUGGGGCCCUGCUAUAAUUGUGAAAAAAGCCAUAUUAGUGGAAUGCCAAAAAGUGGGGCCCUACUGUAUUAAUUCCAAUGGGUCUACUCUGAGUAAGUUAGCUGGAUGCAGCCCAAAGUAUUUCUGUACAUUUUUGCUCACUGCGUGGAUAUUUUAUGAUCAAGCACUGUGCACAUUUGUUUUUAAAAAAUAAAAUGCAGCCUCUUAGCUGUAUAUUAGUGCUUGUUGUGUGCUUGGCACCCCACCCACCUCUACAGUCCUGAGCAGACCGCAGAGUCAGAUGGUUAUCAAGCCUCCCAGUGGGCCAUUGUACAUGAGAAACCAAACGAGGAAAGGCGCCAGUCACAAGAAAAUGGGUGAGAGGAUGAAAUCUCAAAGGUGUUCAACCUAAGGGUUGAGUCUAUAGACUCUGAGAGGUGCAAGUGAGAAAGCUUAGGGGAGUGCUUCUCAACCCCCCCCCACUUUAAAAUUGCUGCCUGUUGUAGCAAUUGUAAUACGCUGUUCUGGAUGCUGUAUGAUUCUUAGUUGUAUUUUUAUUGCUUCUUUUAUUGCUUGACAAUUUGCAUUCAAACUGAAAUACAGUAUAAGAAAAAAAGAAGCAAUAAAAAUACAACUAAAAAUGAGUAUGGAUAUUUAAUGCAGACGUGUCAUGGCACAUGGUGGUUCAGACCACCCAGCUGAGGGAGUAUUUAAACAUCAGUAACACACCUGAGAGAGAAAAAACUCCAUUCCUUAAACAAGAGGGGAUACUGUACAAACAAGAAAUAACGACUUCAGUUCGCUUUUUUGUCCUCAACUUCAACUUCAUCCAAUCUUGUUUACACAUAACUAGACCUACGGGGGUGUCCUCCUAGGACACUAUCACAAAUGUUAACCCAUACAGCGUUUCAAAUUUCAGAGAGUUACCACUUGCCGUAUUCCUUCUGGAAACAAAAACGGAAAAAACCCCACUGGGUUUACUCAACAUGCAUGCAGAAGGGACCAACCUGCUACUUGUGAUGACCAAAAAAAAGGGGUCUCUGAAAAUCAAAUUGGGGCCCAAAUAUACCCCAAAGUCCACCAGAAUGAUUUUUUUAAGCAUUAUGAAUGAAGAUUAAGUUUUGUAAUUUUCUCUUAGAUUGGUCAACAACACUUAACAUGAAGGGAUGAUGUCGAAAAAGCUAACUGAACCCUUUACAUCAGAGAAUAUAUGUUUGUUCUCUUGGUAAAGCUCUAGAACAGUGGUUCCCAAACGUUUUUCCCCCAUGGACCAUUUGAAAAUUGCUUAGGGUCUUGAAGAUCACUUAAUUAUUUUUCUGCAUGUUAUAACAAUUGUAAUGCAGUGUUAGAUGCUGUAUGACUUUUAAUUGCAUUUUUAUUGCUUCUUUCAUUUCUUAUAUAUUGUAUUUCUGAAUUCUAUAGAAUUCAAAUUUAAUACAAUAAGAUAUAAUAUAUAAGAAAAAAAAGCAAUAUCUUAUAGGCUAUUUGCUGAUGGCAGCCAGGAUCACAACUGCGACUCACUGGGAAGAUUUAGGUGGAGCUACGAUGGAUUAUUGGUAUCAAAAGGUCUGGUACCUAGUCUUUAUGGGAAAAUUAAGAGCUAAACUCUGACAGGCUCAAGUGCUUACCAAACAGAUGAUUUCUUAAAUACAUGGUACCCAUUUGUUGCAUAAGUUAAUCAAAAUGAACAUGGGAGUAAACUGCCCAUGCGUUAUGCUCAAAUUUACAACGCUUGAGAGUCACAGUAGUAUUCUUGAUCCCUUUGGCAAUUUAUUGUUUUAUUAUUGACAUUUGGCUCUCGCUUUGCCUUUUUCUUGUUUUGUGAAGGAUUCUUCCGGUCAGAGACUCUCAUAAUUGCAAAUAAUUGAUAUUGAUAAAGGUUGCCUGUAAAGUUUACUUUUUGGAUAUU